AUGACACAGGCUCGUUUAGCCAGCAGAACUGCUGCUGCAACCAAUACGAUUCCCACCUGGAAUGAUUAUUUUAAGCUUCGAAAAAAGAGACGUGUAUACGAAGUUGUUUCCUACUUUCCUAGCACAAUAGGCCCUUCUUUUGGUACAUUUGCCUAUUUUCUUCAAAUGCAAGUGGAUCCUUUGACCAAGAUUAUGGGUAUGGAUCCUUUAAUGGCCGCUAUUGCUUCUACUUUUGCUGCUGGUUUUGGUGGCUUUUUGAUGGGUCCAGUUGUUGGUAACGCUUUCUUCAAGUUGAUGAACCGCAAACAUGCUCAAUCGAUGGACAUUCUAGACAAGGAAUUUUAUGAGCACAUCAAAAAAAAUCGUGCCGAUGCUCGUCUCAACUCGAUUCGUAACCCUGUUCCCGACUACUACGGUGAAAAGAUCCAAUCUGUUCAAGACUACAGAGCUUGGUUGAGAAAGCAACGUGAACAUUAUAGAAAGGGUGUUUUCGGUGGGGACGUCAAUGGCCUCGAGGAUUAG